AUGUUUGACACCCAGUUUUUUCAGCGAAGCAGCCUGUGGCAGGCGUCUACUCUGCUAGACUUCACGCCCCUGUCGAAGGCUCAAAAGGAACACCUUACUAAGGUGUACGCCACCCUGGCCCUGUGCUCCGUUAUUACGUUCGCAGGGGCAGUCCUGCCGUUAAGAUACUUGAACUUUAACCGGGCACUGACAGCUCUUGCCUGCUUGGGCGCGACGCUUUACGUCGUGUACGUCGGUUCCAGCGCUGACCACCAGCGUCAGCCUCUCAGUGUUAAAAGAUGCGCUGCUCUGUCUGUGAUGGCGUUCGCACAAGGACUUUUGUUGCGCGAUAUGGUCAUAUAUCUGCACUUCCUUAACCCAGAAAUUCUCACAACUGCACUGUUCGCCACGAUCGCCGUCUUCGCUUGCUUCUCUUUGGGCUCGCUAUGCAUGACCUCCAGAACUGCACUUUACCUCGGUGGGCUGGCAUUCUCCCUGUCGUUUUACGUCUCAAUGGUGCGACUGACCAACAUCUUCAUCCGCUCUAAGUUCGCGGACGACGUCAGCGACAUUGUUAUGCUGCUAGCGUUUUGCGGGUUCAUCAUAUUCGACACGCAAGUUACUCUCCGCGACUUCAACUACGGCUCACGUGAUUAUGUUGCGCACGCUAUCAUGCUCUAUGGCGACAUACUACACAUAUUCCUGAAGAUCGUAAAAAUCCUAUCCAAGAAGGAGAGCAAGAAAGAAGAGAAAUCUGAAUCACGUGCCACGUUCUGA